AUGGCGCUCGUACUGCCAAGGCUGUUCACACGCUUCCGUCAAGGCUUUUUUCCCAAUGGGAACGAAAAGAAGAGCCUGUCGAAGGCUCAGUCUUGCGGGAUCCAGGGCCAGAAAAAAGCCUUGGCACGGGCGGGCCGGGGGCCGGAAACCUCGGGACGACCGGAGACGACCAUGACAACGAGUUGCGGUAGUGAGUGGCAACAACAAACGACCAACGACACGAUUGUCAUUUACCGUACCGACGCAGCGUGCUCCCACACGACUGGCACCGAAUCCUUCCGUCGCAUCUCCUUCCCUGGUUCUUGCCGAACACCCAAACUCUGUCGUUGGCCCCGGACGGAUUCCUUGAUUGGUACGGGUCCGUUUCGGGUACGCGUAGAGGAGAGCCUAGUUCGAAAAGAUUUGUUGCGUGGUUCGUGGAUGCCAAACCGGCACCGGAACGAGAGAAUGCCUCCAGAGGAUCAGCCGCAGCAACAAUCCUCCGUCCAUCAAUCUCCCGUCACCACUCAAGAUCGAAACAGCCUCCAUUCGUUGGACACACCCGAUGCGGGGACACACACAACGUUAAAUACAUCUCGUGACCCUGAACAUCCCAACAGCAGCCCUUGUACUGCACGCCAGACCGUCCCGUCCACUCCCCAACAAGCUUUGGAAAUCAUGGAAUCGCCUCUUCUCUCGCCAUCUGAAGACGAGGCUUCCUCCCGGGAUGACGAUCAGACCAAUGGUACCACCAAUCACCUAAACAACCAAAAUCAUCACCGUGUACCCGCUGAUACCGAUGUUCCGUCUAACGAACGCUUAUUGGGAACCGCCUUUGUCUCUUUUAUGGGUUUUGCCAUUGUGCAAACAGUCUUUGCCUUUAUUGCCGGAAGUCAAGCCAUGCUGGGAGAUUCCGCCGCCAUGAUGGUGGAUGCGCUUACUUACGGUUUCAAUUACUUCGCCGAACGACAAAAAAACCGGGACGAUGACGACGACGCGACGACCACCAUGUCACGUCAACUUCGCGCACGACUCCGUCGCAAACGCACGUUGAUUUGGGAACUCAUCCCACCCUUGAUAUCCGUGGUGACUCUCGUUAUUGUUACCGCCUUUGUGUUGCGCCAGGCCGUCAAAGUUUUAGUUCUGGACGCCCAUCGUCCGAAAGAUCAACAACACAUUCCCAACGUCGAACUUAUGCUGGCCUUUUCUCUCUUGAAUCUUGCACUCGACGGACUAAACGUCUUUUGUUUCGCCAAGGCCAAGCACUUGAUGGGCUACGCUACGGUCGAAACCUCGAUUGCCCCGCACCACGAACCCCUCGAGGCCUUGCCUACACCAAACGUGCCGUCGGAAGAAUUGGUAGUGUCCAGAAUAGCCAACCACCGCACUGCGGAAAAUCACGGAGACGACGAUAGCUGUGGGGAAGAAUCGGAUCAGUACCACGACGACGAUGGCACGAAUCUCAACAUGUGUUCGGCCUACACGCACGUAUUUGCCGACACGCUGCGAUCGUUCGCCGUCAUUUUGGCCGCCGGCAUUGCCUUGAUUGUCGAUCCGGUCACGCCCGAAGUUGCCGACGCAGCCGCGGCCGUGGUCGUUUCGGGCUUGAUAUUACUCUCACUUGUGCCCCUCGCGCAGGGACUGGUACGUACGGCCUCGGAACUGUCCGCCCUUGUUGCCGAAGAAAAAAAGCGGGGAACGGACGAGCCCUGGACAGAGGGUGUUGCUUGUCGAGGGGAAGUAGUGUAACGAGUAGCUAGUUAACGAGUUGACGUAACG